UGUUUUUUCCAGCAGUAAUGGAUUAUCUGAAAUCAAAAUGGGCUGUAUGGUUCAAAUCCUUAGACGCGAACCAUGACAAUAAACUUUCCACAGAAGAUAUGGAGAUUUCUGCCAAAAAGUAUGAAGAAAUACAGAAAAUGCUCGGCGACAAAGUGAAAGACAAUGGGGGAUUUGACAACACAAAAUGGUGGAAUACUUACAUCUUUCGCAAAGGUCCUGGUGUAACUUUGACACUCGAAGAAUUCCAGGACCUCCUAGGAGAAGCAUUUCAAAAAGACAAAGUGGCAUUCUAUCAAGAAAUGACGAGGUGUUUUGGCGAUAUCGCUUCCUUUGUAGCAGAGAAGGGAGACCGGCCUAUCGAGGAACAGGAGUUCGCCUUCGGUUUAAAAGUUUUCGGUCAAGAGGAUUCGGCCCAGGUGGGCAAAGCUUACCAGCUGUUCAAGGCUAAAAAGGGUCAACCAACUGUCCAACAUAUAGUGGAAGCCUGGGCCCAGUUCACUGCAGACGACGACGCGAGCAAACAUGACAUGGUCUACGAAGCCUUCGGAAACUAGACGGUUAUUGUCAUUAUAGAGCGGACUGUGUAGUCA